AUGGUUUACGGCGAAUUUGUGCAUAUUCUUGAUUACUACCUAAGGCAGCUUCGCGAAUACUCGCGACAGCAGGUGCUGCUCAAAGAGCACGAUCAACGACAACGACCGUGGUUUCGAUCGUCAGCGUCGCCGUCGAAAAAGGCGAACGGUUGGGAUGCGUUGAGGCGGAUCGAGGAGCAGACGCAGUCCGAGCCGCCGCCACCACAACCACCACCGCCAUCGUCGUAUUUGCGGCCAUCGAGUAGUUCGGAGGGUCGCGAUCCGAUUUGGCUUCAACGGUGUCUCGCGUCGCCCGCCGAGCGCAACAUGCUGACGACGUCGUUUGUGAGCAGCAGCGGCGAUUCGGGCAUUUGCGACGAGAUGCCGUACAUCGAUGACGACGACAUGAUGCCGAUUAUUGUGCCGGCGCGGCCGCCGAAUCGCGGCUACAUUCGGCACGGCCGAUCGGUUCGCGAUUAUUUGCGAUCGUGGUGGACUGACACAUUAACCAAGAAGAUUCACGAUCUUGCGAAUGAAGCCAUCGAGCUGCUAUGGAGGUUCUUCGAGGUGUUCGUCACCAAAAUUGUCUUCAUUAUCAUUGCCAUAUUUGUCGCGUUUAGUAUCAAUGCCUUAUACAUUCCAUUAGUCAUUUUAUUAUCAUUGGCGAUAUCGCUGCCGUCGGCCGCUGACGGCAUAUUCUCAUUGCUCAUGUGCUGCUAUUUGUUCCUUGUCGCUCUCACCAAAAUGAUCUAUCAGCUGCCGGUUGUGCCGGAACUCGCGACCAUUCAUGGAGGUGCCGACAAUUGUACGGCGGCGAUGAACAACACGAUGGCGAAAUGGUUCGGUUUGGAGAAGGAGCCGUUCACGACGCCGUUCGCAAUGCUAAUGGGCGUCAUCGUCUCGGUGAUCGCUUUGGCGUUCCAAUCGAUUGUGAUCUACCGCCAACGCAAUUAUCGCAGCAGCCAUGGGUUGUCGGACUCGAAUUCGUCUCGCGUGUUCCCCGACUUUCAUCCAUCGCAUUACGACAAAACGUUGGUGAACGCGCUCAAAUUUGCCAUCGAUUAUGGAUUCUACAAAUUUGGGUUUGAGAUUUGCAUUAUCGCAAUGGGAAUCGAUGCGUGGAUUCGAAUGGACACACUCGGCGCGAUUCAGUGCCUCUGGAUUGUGGUGUUCGCGAUGAGUUCGAGAACGGUUUGUCGUGGCAUUUGGUACAUCUAUGUGGUGUAUAUGUCGAUUUUGUACCCGCUUCAAUUUAUAUUGUACGUCGGACUGCCGCCGGAUGCGUGUAUUGAAUAUCCAUGGACGAAUUUGUUGUCGUGGCUCUCGGCGACGGCGAAUCGCAAUUUGACGGCGAUAUUGGGAUUGCCGACGUACAAUAUGCCGUGGCCGCCCGCCUAUUUGAUCAUCGACUUUUUUGUGCUUCUACUGGCCUCGUGUCAGUUGUCGGUGUUCCGAAACGAGGGCGACGACAAUGAGACGAUCUACAGCGAUGGCUUCUACAACAUCAAAGCCGACAAUCCGAAGCACGACUUUUUGUCGUGCAAAAAGAGCGCGGUCGAUUAUCUCAAAACGAUCAUAUUCCAUUAUGGGCAUUGGAUAACGUUGGUGGCGACGCUCGCCGCGGGAAUUGCCGGAACAUCGUUGUUCGCUCUUGGCUACAUCGUCAUCACCCUUUGGCUUCUUUGGCAAGGCAACAAUUUGUAUGUGAUGAAUGCCCGAUCGCACUCUUUCGAGAAGACGCUGAAGCGAUGGAAUAUGCUGCUGGUGUACACAUUGUUCACGAUCACCGCCAAAGUUGUGCUCCAGAUAUUCGGCUGUGUGUUCCUCAGCGUUUUCGACGAGAGCCGACCGCCGUGGGGACGAAUUCUAUGCGUGACGCGACAAUUGUUCAGCAUCUCAUGCGUGAAUCCGAUCUGCGAUCGUCUCACCGAGCUCUACGACUUCGAGAAGCGAUGCACCGUCGAGGAGAAGGAGGCGCGCAUCGGCUACGACGUCAUCGCGUUGGCGUUUUUGAUAUUCCAGCGGCGCAUCUUCCAUUCGUGGUACUUCCAGCAUUGUAUGAUGGAAUAUAGAUGUGAGGUGAUUCUGGCGAGCAGAGGUGCGAUUCUCAAGAAUCAGUUGGUUGAGAAGGAGAUGAAGGAGCAGAAUGAGCAGCAGAAGGCGAAAUUCAAUGAGAUUCGCCGACGGACGGAAGCGAUUCGCGAGAGGUACCAGAAGCAGAUUGAAAAUGGAAUGGAAGCGGCACUCGAGCCAAAGACGUAUGGAACAGCGAAACGCGGCGGCGACUAUUACAUGUUCAAAUAUGAUCCGGAGAACGAUGAUCUCGUCGAGCCGAUCGAGAGCUUCGUGCCGGAAAUGGAUCCGACCGACAUCGAGUACAAUCGGCUCGAUCCUGGACAAAUUAUGUACGCGGCGACGGCGCACGAUUUGGAUCUCGCCAAAACGGUGGCGCAAGUCAAAAAGGGCGAUCAGAUCAAGGACGCCGACGAUCGAGCGCUGGUGGCGGUCUCCGAGCCCGACAUGGGUCGCAUGAAGGGCGGCGGCGACGACGACGACGAGCUCGACAUUGAUGUGCCCGAGCCGGAGCCGGAAUCGAAACUCGAGGCGGCCAUCAAGUUUGUUCAGAAGAUGACGUCGUCGGCGCUCGACAUGGCCAGCGUUCUCAUGAAUCGAUUGUGUCGAGAGCAUCGCUACGUCAGCUAUGUACUCAAUAAGGAGAAGGAGAAGCUGAAGGCGGCGCAUGGCGAGUCGUUGACGAACACGAGCAGAAAGUUGACGGAUUUGAGAAGUGAAGUGGAUUUGCCGAAUUUGCAAUUGGUCAACUCGGAAACCGAUGUUGAAAAAAUGGAAACCGAGGUGACUGUGGAUUGGAUGAAGAAGUCGUCGACGAUGCGAUUCAUCAACGCGAUGGUCAACUGCAUCGUAGCGCACACCGACAUUCUCUGCUAUUUCUUCGCCAUCAUGACGCAAGUGAUGACGGGCGGUCUCAUCACGAUGCCGCUUCCGUUGAUGUCGCUCUUCUGGGGCAAUCUGUCGAAUCCGCGACCGAGCAAAUUCUUCUGGGUGACGAUGAUCACCUACACCGAGUUUGUGAUUGUUCUCAAAUUUGUGUGCCAAUUCUCGUUUUUCCCGUUCAAUUCGACCGAAUACCAAACGUCGGAGGGUCUCAAUCCGAUGUCGCUCGACAAAUUGUUUGGCAUCGGCAAACGGGAAUACUUUGCGAUUUGGGACAUCAUCUUGCUGUUCUCGUUGUUCUUCCAUCGCUAUAUGCUGCGAAAAUUGGGAUUGUGGAAAGACGCGAACAUGACCGAGACGUUCAUCAAAUCCGAAUCGGAGACGGCGUCGCCGGCUCGUCGCGGUGCCGGCGGCGAGAAGGCGGCCGCCGCCACCAAUGAGCCCGAGGUUGAGGCGACGCAAAACGAUGAGGGACCGAGCUCGCCGGUCGAGGUGACCGCUGUGCCGCCGGAGCCCGAGAAGGGACCGAUCGGCAAAUUCAUCUCGCAGCUAUUCAAUCCGAAAUUCCGCUAUAUCAGGGACCUCUAUCCGAUCAUGUUCGGCAUCGACGUGAUAUGCUUCUUGAUCAUGACGUUCGGCUAUUCGGCGUUCGGCGAAGGUGGCUCGGGAAAUGUUUUGGACGAUGUGAAGGCUAGCCGAAUUCCUGUCACGCUGGUCGUCAUGCUUGUCGGAAUGACGUUCGCAAUCAUUGUCGACCGCGCGUUGUACUUGAGGAAGUCGGUGGUUGGCAAACUGAUCUAUCAGAUCAUCCUCAUCAGCUUCCUUCACGUCUGGAUCUUUUUGCUUCUGCCGGACAUGACGCGACGCGCGGCGAUCACGAACAAAGUCGCCCAGGCGUUCUAUGUCAUCAAAUCGUGCUAUCUUUUGGUGUCGGCCUGGCAGAUUCGCAAUGGCUAUCCGGAAUUGUGUAUUGGCAAUCUGCUGACGCACUCGUACGGAAUGAUCAAUAUGAUUGCGUUCAAAAUAUUCAUGAACAUUCCGUUCCUUUUCGAGCUUCGGACGACUAUCGACUGGACGUGGACCGACACAUCGAUGCCGUUGUUCGACUUCUUCAACAUGGAGAACUUCUACGCGCACAUUUUCAAUAUCAAAUGCGCGCGACAAUUCGAGGCGGCCUAUCCGGCGCCACGUGGCAUCGCCAAAGGCAAAUUGGUGAAAUACAUGAUGGGCUUUCCGAUCAUCAUUGGCGUCGUCGUGUUCAUUUGGUCGCCGCUUCUUCUAUGGUCGCUUCUCAAUCAGAUUGGAACGAUUAGUAUGCCGGAGAAAGUCACGCUUAGUAUUUCGAUUGAAGGAUAUCCGUCACUCUAUCAAAUGGAAGCCCAAGGACGAAAUCAUGAUAAUAAGGAGCUGAAAUUGAUCACGCAAGAGCAAUUGAAGGAUUUCAAUCGAGCGAUUACGGAUCGAUACAUCGGAAAAGAUUCGGAUUCGAUUUUGCGUUCGAGAACUGCCAUUUCUUAUAUGAAAGGAUAUACUUAUGAGGAUAUUUUGAUGGUCCGCUUCCGUCCGGAAUCUGAAGUCUACUGGCCGAUUUCGCAGGAUUCGAUCAAUGCGAUGAUCGAGAAAUUGAGCGACGACGCGACACAUGUCAAUUUCGAAGUGCUUCUCGAAUUCACGCGGCCGUAUGAUCCGAAUGAGAACACGGCGUUGAAGCACUCGAAGAGUUGGCUCAUUCCGAUUGCUCAGAAUCAGUCAGUUCGGAAUGAUAUCAUAUCGGCGUUGAAGGGUGCCAGCACCAAACCGAUUGUCAUCAAAAAUGCGAUACCCGCCUAUAUUCAAGUGCCGAAUCAAGGCGAAUUGUCGAUUCCGACGCCGAUCGGAAACUCGAUUGUCGAGAAUUCGCAGACGGAUGAGUUCAACAAGACAUCGUUGUCGUACUCGCAACGGCAGACGGCGUGGUUCGACACGAUUCAACUCGGUUUGGAGAAUGGCACCGCGCCGAAUUCGCGAAUCUGGGUGGCGAAACUUCAACAUCCGAGCAACGCGUCGGAUCCGAUUUGGAUUCCCACCGAAGACACGUCGUACUCGAAUCGCCCAUACGUGCAGGUCAUCGGCUUCGUCGACCGCGCGUUCCCGUCGCUUCUCGCCAAAGUGUUCAAAGGCGGCGUGAUUGCGAUGUACGCGUCGGUCAUCUUCCUCGUCGGUCGUGGUCUCGUUCGCGGUAUAUUCACGACGUCGCCGAGCACGGUGAUGUUCACGGAGUUCCCGAACGCCGAUCAUCUACUCAAAAUCUGCCUCGACAUUUAUCUUGUGCGCGAGGCCAAAGAUUUCAUGCUGGAACAGGACCUGUUCGCCAAAUUGAUAUUCUUGUUCCGCUCGCCAGCGACACUCAUCGAAUGGACGCGAAUGAGCAAAAAGAAGACAGAAUAG